AUGGCGCCCGCGGAGAUCGCAGACGCCUGCUCCCGGGUUUCGGUGGGGAACGGAUUGCCUGAGGAUGGGCACUUGGUUCGAGCCGCUUUUCAGGGGCAGUGCGUGUACUAUUGGAAGGGCGCCGCUUCGGAGCUUAAGAACCCGCUCUUGGAGGAGAGCGAGAGCAAAUGGGACGUGGGCGCGUCGAAUCUCCCCCUGAUCGCCGAAGGGGACCCGUCUGGCGGCAAGGACAACCUCAAGAACAUCGUGCUCACGUGGAUCGGCUCCUUGAGCGAGGAGCAGCUUCCAGCAACGACAGUGUGGAAGCAGCGGGACAUCUCGGUCACGGGGAUCGUGAAGCAGCUUAAGAGCACCGGCCCGCAACUCCAGAUUUUGAACGGGGAGCUGGAAAAGGUUCUCAAUUCCAAGAAGGAGAACAUGCUCCAAGAAUCAGACAUCAUCGAGUUCUUGGAUGGCACUGACGCAUUCGGAAAAGGGACUGGUCAAGACCAGUGCUGCAUCAAACCUGUGGCGUGGAUGCUGCUGUGUUCACAAAUGAAGACUUACACUCGGGAAAUGGGCAGCGACUCGUGUGGCCGUCUGCGCUUCGUGCUCCUGCACCUCGACGCUAGCAAGACCAAGAACACGCCCACGGAGGAGAAACUUGUACCCCGGCACCGAAGCAUGGAGUUGCUGACGGAGACCCUCCGAGAAGUCUUGUUGGCGCAGCAGAGUGCGGCGCCGGAGGCAGCGCAUGGGUUCGCCGACGCCGCGAGCGCCCCGAGCUCGUCGCAGCCGCCUGGCGAGUCGGCCGACGCGGCGCGCCCCCCCGUGAAGUUGCGCGCCCGCCUCAGCCGCGCCAUGGCGAACGUGGAGGGGCCGUCGGUGAAGGAGGAGGAGCCGAUAGUGAGAGUGAAGCUGGAGGAGCCCCACCACCCGCCGGCGCAGCCAGUGACAGCUGGCGCCCCGCCCAGCGACAUGGCCGUGAGCAUCAUGGACUGGAAGCCGACGGCCGCCCUCAUAUUCAUCGGAGUUCAGGACGGGUCCUCGGCCGCGUGCAACAAAUCGGGCAACCCCAUGGGCAGCUCCGUCGUGACUAAACACGCGGGCAAAGCUUUCGGCGCUUGCGCCACGGCUAACGUGGCGUCCAGGAACGGGCUGCUCCGCGCCUGCCCCGGCUGCCGCGGCUGA